AGUACGUAGCUGAGUGAGAUUCCGCGGCAGGCUAUAAAUUGUGGCUCCGACCUCAGCUCAGCAAUCGUGAAACACAAGAGCAAGGACAGGCAGAGAGAGAAUGGGCAGCAGCUCCGUCGCAAAGCGGCAGCUGGUCCUCUUCGCCGCCGCUCUCGUACUCGCCGUGGCCUCCGCCCGGCGGCGCCCGGUGCACCUGCGGCUGUACAUGCACGACAUCACCGGCGGGCCGGGGCAGACGGCGGUGCCGCUGGUCAACGGCACCGGGCCGCUGAACCCGUCCAUGCCGGCGGGCAGCCGGUUCGGCGACACGACGGCGAUCGACGACCUCCUGACGGAGGGCCCCGGCGUGGAGUCGAAGCCCGUCGGCCGGGCGCAGGGGACGUACACGCUGGCGUCCCUGCGGGAGCCGGUGCUGGUGGUGACCAUGACCGUCGCGCUCACCGCGGGGCCCUACAACGGGAGCACGCUCGUGGUGGCCGGCCGCGACAGCGUCCUGGACGAGACGAGGGAGCUCGCGGUGGUCGGCGGGACGGGGCAGCUCCGGCGGGCCUCCGGGCACGUGCUGUGGAGGACGGCCAAGCUGGAGUCGGCGGUUCACUGGGUGCUGGAGCUGCAAGUGCACGCGUCCGUGCCGGCCGACAGACACUCUCAUAAUUGAUCACAAAAAGUUGGGUUAAGGGGUGGUGCGUGAAUGGGGGACCUGAUCCAGAUCCAGCUGCCUAGCAGCAGCAGGUACGGUGAAGACGGUGACAAGAAGCCACGUCACCACCAGCAGCACCUACGUGUUCUUUUCAUGACAGCAGCGACAGAUGAACCAACGUCCUGUGCUUGCCUGACA